AUGAUCCGAAACUUCCUGGAUUCUUCGUCCUCCCUGCUGCGCUCGACCCGACGAGAUCUGCCGAGGUUUCUGGGUUUAGGGGACGACGAAGGGUUAGAUGAAGGGGAGUUGGAAGAAUUAGAGGGUUUAACGGAAGAAGAGGAGGAAGCCGCGGGCAGGAAAAAAGUUGCUUUGUGGACAGAGUUUGACCUAAAGAAUCGGGGCAGCCCGGGAAAACUUGUGGAGGCGAUGCUUCCUCCCGUUGAGGUUGAGGUUGUUGAUGACGUGGGCACGGGUUUCGAGGAGUUCGACGUGGACGAUGAUCUCGAUGCUGACCUGGCAGCGGAAGCUUCCAGGAAAAGCGGCAGGAAGGGCGGCACUGAUGCCCGUGAUAACGGUGAGGAAGAAGACGAGGAGGAGGGGGAAGAGGAAGAGGAAUUUGAUGAGGAGGCGUGGGCAAAGGCUUGGGAGGAGCAGAUGGAGAGAAACGGAACAGAUGAGCUCAAGCGAGACUCUAGAGGGGCGGCGAGGGGCCGUGGCGAUCGGAUGAGGGGGAGGGACGUGGAUGGAGAGGAGGAGGAGGAGGCCGGAGGUUUAGACGGGCAGGAGAAAGACGGAAAGUUGGUGGUCUGUGCCAGGUGUCACGCAUUGAGAAACUACGGGCAGGUGAAAGACGAGAGCGUGGAAAAUCUUCUGCCCGACUUUGAUUUUGAGAGGGCCGUCGGGCAGCGUCUCCGGGCAGCUUACGGCCGUCGGGCAGUUGUGCUAGUGGUUGUGGACGCGGCAGAUUUUGACGGGUCCUUCCCGCGCCGGGCAACCGAACUUUUAGCCCGGGCAGAAGCUGAGGCCGCGGGCAAGUGGAAGGAAUCUCAGGCGGAUGGCAAAGCAGCAGGCCCUCCGGGCGGCAGCAACACGUUUCGUCUCAUCCUCGCAGCGAACAAAGCCGACCUGCUGCCGCCCCAAAUCUCGCCGCUCCGACUGGAGCAGUGGAUUCGCCGGCGGGCGAAAGCGGGCGGCCUGCCUCGUCUCACAUCGCUACAUCUCCUAUCAGCCAAGACAGGGUUCGGGGUGGGGUAUCUGGCUUCUCAGCUAGGCACACUGGCAGGACCCAGGGGGGACGUAUGGGUGGUUGGGGCGCAGAACGCUGGAAAAUCCUCUCUAAUUAAUGCCCUUGCUGCUGCUGUGAAUACAGGGGGAAAGGGCGGGAAGGGCGGAGGGAAAGCGGGGAUGACCGGGAAGGGAGCAGGAGGGAGGGCCGGGAAGAAAGGAGGGAAAGGAGGAGGGGGAGGAAGGGGAGGAGUGGGGUUGACUGAGGCAUGGGUGCCUGGGACGACUAUAGGGGUGGUGCCUAUAGAGGGGGUGUUGGGGGGAAGGACGAGAGUGAUGGACACUCCAGGGCUGCUGCACCCGCACCAGCUGUCGGUGCGGCUCAGCAGGGAGGAGCUGAAGGUGGUCGUGCCUAGGAAGGCGCUCAAACCCCGCACCUUCCGUAUUAAGGUGAGAAGAUGGGGUGGGGUUUCGGGUUUUGGGUUUAGAGUGAGAGUGAUGGACAUGCCAGGGCUGCUGCACCCGCAACAGCUGUCAGUGCGGCUCAGCAGGGAGGAGCUAAAGGUGGUCGUUCCUAGGAAGGCCCUCAAGCCCCGCACCUUCCGCAUCAAGGGUUCGGGGUUUAGAAUGAGAGUGAUGGACACGCCAGGGCUGCUGCACUGGCACCAGCUUUGGGUGCGGCUGAGCAGGGAGGAGCUGAAGGUGGUCGUGCCUAGGAGUUGUAGUUAUCUUUGGGUGAGGCAGCAGCAGCAGGCUGCCGCCUCUGUUGUGCAGCCAGGGCAGUGCAUUCUGCUGGGAGGCUUGGCCCGAGUGGACGUGGAGGAGGCAGCAGCAGAGUCGAUCUAUCUGACAUUCCAACUUCCCCCCUCCCCCCCCCAUUCCUUCUCUCCUUUGCAGCCAGGGCAGUGCGUGCUGCUGCGAGGACUCGCUCGGGUGGAUGUGGAAGAGGCAGCAGCAGAGUCCAUCUAUCCGACAGUGUGGCUCUUGCCAAUGAUAGCGUCACGGGCACCCCCUCAUUGCUCCUCUCGCCCGCCCCUGCCUGCCCGCCCCUGCCUGCCCGCUACGUCCACCCCUCCCUUUGCAGCCAGGGCACCAGGGCAAUGCAUAUUGUUGGGAGGCUUGGCGCGAGUGGAUGUGGAGGAAGCAGCGGCGGAGUCCAUUUAUCUGACAGUGUGGCUCUCGCCAAUGAUAGCGUGCCACAUGGGCAAGAUCGCCAACGCGCCUGCUGUGCUGGAGAAGCACGUUGGGGUCAAGCUUCAGCCGCCAGCAGAGGCAUCUCGCAUGGCAGAUCUCGGAAUGUGGUUACCUCGUUCCGUUACAGUGGAGGGCACGCGGUGGGACCAGAGCAGCGCUGACGUGGCAGUAGCCGGGCUCGGCUGGGUGGCCGUGGGAAUAAAAGGCUCCGCGAAACUCAAAGUGUGGACGUUUGAAGGGGUGGGUGUGACUGUAAGGGAAGCGAUGGUGUUUGAUUAUGCGCCUGUGUUUGAACGGCCUGGGUUCUCUACUGGUGGGUUGCCGGUUACCAGGGAGGAAGGAGGAAAGGGGGGCAGUGGCAGUGGUGGUGCGGUGGGGAGCGGUUCAGAUGGGAAGAAGGCAAAGAAGAAAACGAGGGGCGGCAGCAAUAGGUCAAGGCCUGACGAGGUUGAUGCAGUGGUGCUGUAG